AUGCAACAGGAUACAAGCAUACAAUUGGGACCAUGGGGAGGAAAUGUUGGGAAUCAAUGGGAUGAUGGAAUACAUGGUGGAGUUAGAGAAAUCACUCUAGUAUAUGGAAGUUGCAUCGACUCAUUCCGUGUAACAUAUGAUAACGAUGAUAAAUCUUUUCGGGCGGUAAAACAUGGUGGCAUGGGCGGAAUCAAAAGCGCCCAGGUUAAGCUACAAUUUCCGGAGGAAAUCUUGAUAGGUGUCAGCGGGCAUUUUUGCCCUAUGGUCUAUGGAGGUUUCCCUGUGAUUCAAUCACUUAGUUUUAAGAGUAAUCGAAGAACAUUUGGGCCAUUUGGCAUGGAAAAAGGAACACCGUUUAAGUUCUUCACAAAUGGAGGCCACAUUGUGAGUUUUUAUGGAAGAAGUUGGUGGGUUCUGGAUUCAAUUGGGUUCCGCGUAUCAACCCAUAAACCAAGUCUAUUCCGAAGGAUCCAAGUGAUGAUUAAAAAAUUUAACCAUCGUUCUGGUGAAGAUGAAGAACAUCAUAAAGCCAAGGGCUCAAAGGGUUAUAGUUGGGGCUUUUGA